GUUCGGGGUCGAGAUGGUGCACUUGUUCAGAUUGCGGAAGACUGAGACGAAAGCGGAGGGUGGCGGUUGUAUCGGUGGUCGGCCUUUGGAGAGUGCACACAACGCGGAUAUUUUAGUCGAGUGCUGCCGUAAUCAUUGCCGGGUGUGGAUUGCUCCACCGAGUCGCUCACUUGGCCGUGUUCAGGUGCCUUUGUCCAGUCGCGUCAUUAGUAUAGAGUCCUCUUUCCGUGUCUCACCGUGUCCUCUCCUCUCACCCCCCUCCUUCACGCGUCCCCCUCCACCAGUCACUGAGCUCAUCGACGACCACGUCCCCGGUCAUGAGCUCCAGCUGUUCUCACCGCACAAGGUGGACAUGGCGCCCCACCAAAAUGAUGAACAUGCGCGACUUGUCCAAGGACGAUGACUUCCUCAGUCGCCUCCUUGUCGAGAAGGUUGGCACAGGGGCUGUACCACUCGUCGUGCAUAAGAUGGACCCUUCAAGGCGUUUACCCAAGGUUGACGAAGAGGACAUUAUGACAAUCGUCCAAAGCCUGGUGGCCUCGAAAGCACCUGCGCUUUUAUCUGUGCGGCAGGCCGUUGACGACUUACUCAGCCUUGACCCCAUCACGUAUUACCUUAGGCAUGAGCAGUAUAAACAACCUCAAGUAAACGCAUUUGCUACGCAUGCUUCCCGGUACCUUGAGCUCUACCACCCCUCUGGAUGCAUCGAAAUCUCGCAUACAUCCCGAUACUCGCACAAAACUGGAAAGUCAGAGCUCUGUAUUCUCGCCACCAGGCCUCUCAUCCCCGGUCAAGUCAUAACGGAGCUCAAGGGCUCGAUGGCCCAUUUGACCGACGAGGAAGACAAAGAGCUCAAGCGAACAGACCUCCGUAACAUCGACAUCCGCCGAGACUUUAGCGUCAUCCACUCCCGUUCGAUGAAAAAGAACCAUCUAUUUUUGGGGCCUGCUCGGUUUGUAAACGUGAGCUCUCCCGGCCCGCUACGCGCGACGACUGUAUGCUAA